GUCAAUUCCAACAUGGAAAGGAUUGCACUGAGGUUGCAUGGUAUUACAUCAACCAGAGACCCUGUGCUAACAUAAGCGAUAUGAUUUACUGACUCAUCCCACAGUAUUUUCUCGAUGCAUUGUAACCCGAGCAAAAUCAGAAAUCAGCGUGCAGUGACAAACAGCUCCCUGGAGAUCUGGCUAACACUAUGGACUGUUUAGAAAAUGAGUUCUACAGUAACAGGGGCAACUGCACUCCAUGCAAGCAGUGCCCACCUGGCCUGGAGCUCUCACAGGAGUGUGGUUUUGGGAGUGGAGGCGAUGCGCACUGUGUGAGCUGCAGCCCCUGCUGCUAUAAGGAUGAGUGGGGACACCGGGGCUGUAAGCGCUGCCAGUCCUGCAAGCUCAUUUACAGACUGCAGAUAUCCAACUGCACAGCCGAGAGGAACGCUGUGUGUGGAGAAUGCCUGCCAGGGUUUUACAGUAAAGCGAGGAUUGGUGGACAGCAGGAUGUGCAAUGCAUCCCCUGUACUGGUCAGACUCCACCCAGCGAACUUCAAUGCAGUACAAGAGUUCAGAUCAUGAAGGUUUCAGGUUCAGCAGCACCCCCUCCUGACACGGCCGUAGCUGCUGUUGUUUGCAGUGCACUUGUUACCGUGGCGAUUGCUGUGAUGAUUCUGUCAUUUCUGUACUGUAGAUGCACCUCCGUUGGGAGCUGCGUUCAAGCGUUUCUGAGGUCCUGCAAUGCUGAUUGGAGUGAGCGUGGUGAAGCUGUUGCUACUGAUGAACCCAGAGAGACUGUGAUGCAGAAUGCAGCUGGGGAGCUCAGCCCUGGGGUCAAGGACACACUGGAGCCCACAGGCCAGCCUGUGGACGACUCCCCUGCCAGUUUGAGGUCCUGCAUGGAGGCGUGUGCAUUCCCAGGGAACCCUGCCAAGACCGUGGAGCCCAAGCCCCAAUGUGUGAGCAGCUUAUCAGAAACCCAGCCACUGAUCAGAGACUCCACCUGCAGCACCUGCUCGUCGGAGAGCUCCUCCAGCUCCAGGAACAGUGCGGAGCACUCCCCAGAGCAGCCCCAAGAGGCAGCUUCACUCAAUGGGUACUGUGCAUUGGAGCAGGAUGGGAGAAGACGGCAUGCUCCUGUGGAGUGCACCGAGUUAGACUUCCAGGGCUGUGCUGCUCGUUCUGAAGAAACGAGGGCUGGAGACACAGCAGGGCAAGCCCAGCCAGAGGCCCCUUCCGGUGGCAGCCUACCGGAGAAGGAAAUCAGGGGACCCCCUGCCAACAUUUCCCAAACCACUACCAGCUGCAUGAGAGGCGAGGAGGAAAUCCUCCGCUACGGCUGUGCAAGCGCUUGCCACGUCCCGCAGAACUGCACCAACAUGGCUUUUGAUGUUCAGAACAUGGUGAGAAAGAGUUGUACAGUCACACAAGGACUUCACUUGGGGCGUCUCCCUCCGGUGCUGAUCGAGUCUCUGUCUCUGAAGCUGGACCCAUCGUUCCCGGGCGUAAAGAACUACAGGCAGCUGGGUCUGGAGCUGGGGGUGCCAGCGGAGGUGAUGGACAGCGUCAUCGGGUUUGAGCAUGUGUUUAGCUACCUGUCCUCCAGCACCCUGACCACAGUGCCCGACCUGGUGCACGCCUUCCAUCGCCUGCAGAGGUUCGACGCCUUGUUCCUGCUCUGCGAGUACUCCACUCAGAUCCAACACAAUGUGUGUGCGCAUUAACCGACCAGAAAGCAAACCCAGGAUGCACUUUCACUGAAGUACUGUCAAACCAAACCCUGCAAUAGUUUUUUUUUUCUUUCAUUAACAAGAAAUAAGCCGUUGUUUAGUGCUGGGAAUCCAGAUUUAAGAGAAAUUAUGCAUUAGCACACUACUGCCAAACAAAGCACUUUGGGUCUGGUUUUGCAAGGCUGGUGAAGAGGUUACUUUAGGGGUAAGACCAGUUAUAUCACACUAUACUUAUAUCAAGUAUUUUAUUAUUUUUUUUGUUAACAUUUUCAUCAUCUCAUCUUUUGAGCUGAUAUUCCGAGCUUGAUGUGUUCAAUCUUUGCAUCAGUUUUCAAUCCGUAAAAAUACUAAAAAGCUAUGAAGAUGCUUCUGUUACAGAUAUCACUGACUCCUGCUGGCAGGCUUAGGUAAUACCAUAGAAUCCUUGUAACUGCUUGUUGAAACAGAACUGAUCCUCUCGUACAUUGAGGGUGCCAGUUAGUGGACAGUCCCCAGCAGUUUCUCGUAACCGGCUUUGCAAAACCAGGCUGUGUCUUACAAGCUUCAGUUUCCUGUCCCAGUCGGAUCAUUGCCACCAAGAAAGGUGUUGAUAGUAUUGAGGUCUUCAUACCUAGCAGCUUAGGAACAUUUAUACUAAGAGGCGCAACAUUUUGGCAAAUCUCCUCCAAGUGCCACCCCCAACACAAAUACCUUUAGUGUAAACUCUUAGUCCUUGCUGCUGAGUCAGCGCUACUUCUUUGCUCCCUAUUCCUGUAGGGAUAAACUGAUGAGAUCAUUUGGUGUUACUGGAGGCUCACCCGGAAGCUCUCUGGUUUCUCUGAAGGGUGUUAACUGUACAGUAUUUCAAGUGCUCUCCAGCUGGAUCAGUCCUCAGCGCCGCAGGCAGCUCUCUCUGCUGCUGGCUCACACUUCGCAUCACACUUCAUCACGACCUGUAAAAGGCCUGGGAGGUUUGUCCAUUUAAGUAUAAUGGCCUGUCAGCAUCUUGCCUGUCCUUGUAUAUGCGUGCUGCUUUUGAAACUGCAUUAAAUACUCACAGGACAGUUUGACUGAUGUAAAUGUUGAAUCAUUAGAAUAGGGGGUGUUUAGAUAAGGGAAUAAGCAGACCUCUUGUAAAUUACAUCUUUUUUUUAAUAGAAUUAGAAUGAAUUGUGUAUUUAAUGGAAGUUAUGUUUAUUUUGUGUCAUCUGACCUUCAAUUUUCAAAGUUUAAUUGAAGGGAUAAUUUACAGCCUCACUUAGUGUAAAGCUACUGUCAAGUUCCAGCACAGAACUGACUCCAUUUCAAGCAGUUUGAGGUGAAUUAGUUGCAGAGUACAGCUAAGACUUGACAGAGGAACCUCAAAAGGAUGCAGAUCACUUCACAGAACUUGAAUUUCAUCCCGAUAACUACAUCGUGGUGAAUUUAAAACAUUUGCAUUUAAUACGAUGAAUUUUGUAUGAGCCAAGAAACCCUAAAUCCAAAAGCAGACAUGCAAUUCAACCAGGGUAUUGGUUUAGUUUAGGUCAAUCAGUAUGUACAGCUGCCUGGUAAAUAAAGGGGACAGUAUUAGACUGAUCAAUUAGCCCUUUUAUUUAGUAUUAAGGGACGCUGAGAACUUUCUUUUCAUCAGGUGUACAUUUCGAUUUCUUUUGCUAAAAAAUCUAAUUGUUAUUUUGCUUGGCAAAGCAAACCAUACAGAAUCAUUUCUCUGCUGUUACAUUGUAGGGCCCUCAUUUGGGUUCAUCAAUAAGUAACUGAUAAAAAGUGUAUUUCUUGUGCCAAUUUGGCUGUCUUUAAUGAAUGGUAUGUAAAGGAUUUUUGUUAAACUUUUUUUGUACCAUUUUUUUACACUACUAGUGAAUACUUAUUUUUAGACAGUUGCAGCUGCAAAAAAAGGGUAAGAGUAUUGCUAUUGUCUUUAAAGUUUUCUUUAGAUUUACAUUAAAGGUUUUUCUUUUUUUUGGUAUGUUUGUUUGUAUGGGAUUUUACAUGUGAAACAGCUGUAGUUUUCUUUUCAGUCAUUACUGUGUAAUAUUGACUUUUUGUAUUUGUAUAAAUGUGUUGCUGCAUUGUAAUGCUCUUGUAAAGCAUGUUAAAAUGCUGGAUGAUUGUGUAUGUUUUAAUAAAUAAAAGUCCAGUGCUAUA